UGGCGGCGGAGCCAAGCACCAGGCAGUGGCUGCGGCGGCGGCGGGCGGGGAGCGCUGCCGGCGGGGGCUCCGCCUUGCGCGUGGGGCGCUGAGCGGAGAGGCGAGGAGGCGGCGAGGGCGAGCGGGGGGCUUGGUGGCCGAUCGGCGCCGCCUCCCCGCUACCCGCCUCAACAUGGGCAGCGCAGAGGACGCUGUCAAAGAGAAACUGCUUUGGAACGUGAAAAAAGAGGUGAAACAAAUCAUGGAGGAGGCUGUCACCAGGAAGUUUGUGCAUGAAGAUAGCAGCCACAUCAUUGCUCUAUGUGGUGCAGUAGAGGCUUGCCUCCUACAUCAGCUGAGACGCCGUGCUGCUGGCUUCCUGCGCAGUGACAAGAUGGCAGCCCUGUUCACCAAGGUGGGGAAGACAUGCUCUGUGGCUGGGGAGAUUUGCCACAAGGUGCAGGAGCUACAGCAACAAGUAGAGGGCAGGAAAUCCUCAGGAGGCAACCAGGAGGCCCUGCGGAGACAGGGCUCAGCCAGUGGGAAGGGCCCAGCCCUUAGCCCACAGGCCUUGAAACACAUAUGGGUACGCACAGCACUCAUCGAGAAAGUUCUGGACAGGGUUGUGCAGUACCUGGCGGAAAACUGCAGCAAGUACUAUGAGAAGGAAGCAUUACUGGCAGACCCUGUGUUUGGCCCAAUCCUGGCCUCUCUUCUAGUGGGACCCUGUGCCUUGGAAUACACAAAGCUCAAGACAGCUGACCACUAUUGGACUGACCCCUCUGCUGAUGAGCUAGUGCAGAGGCACCGUAUCCGGGGUCCCCCCAGUCGCCAGGAUUCCCCUGCAAAGCGCCCAGCCCUGGGGAUCCGGAAGCGGCACUCUAGUGGCAGUGCUUCAGAGGACAGGCUAGCUGCCUGUGCCCGCGAAUACGUGGAGUCCCUGCACCAAAACUCAAGAACACGGCUGCUCUAUGGCAAGAACAACGUGCUGGUGCAGCCGAAGGAGGACAUGGAGGCUGUCCCUGGCUACCUCUCCUUGCACCAGUCUGCAGAGAGCCUAACUCUGAAGUGGACUCCCAACCAGCUCAUGAAUGGGACUCUGGGGGAUUCUGAGCUGGAAAGAAGUGUUUACUGGGACUAUGCCCUGGUGGUACCUUUCAGUCAGAUCGUCUGCAUCCACUGCCAUCAGCAAAAGAGCGGUGGCACACUCGUGCUGGUGAGCCAGGACGGCAUCCAGAGGCCGCCACUGCACUUCCCACAGGGAGGACACCUGCUGUCCUUUCUGUCCUGUCUGGAGAAUGGGCUGCUGCCUCGAGGACAGCUUGAGCCCCCGCUGUGGACCCAGCAGGGGAAGGGCAAGGUGUUCCCCAAGCUACGAAAACGCAGCAGCAUACGGUCCACAGACAUGGAGGAGUUGGACAUGGGGCGGGCCACAGACUACGUAUUCCGGAUCAUCUACCCCGGGCACAGGCAUGAGCACAUCACUAUUAACUACCACCACCUAGCGGCCAGCCGCGCGGCCUCGGUGGACGAUGAUGAGGAAGAGGAGGAUAAACUACACGCGAUGCUCUCAAUGAUCUGCUCGCGGAACCUCACAGCUCCCAAUCCGAUGAAAGAUGCUGGUGACAUGAUCGAGAUGCAGGGCUUUGGGCCCGGCCUGACAGCCUGGCACCUGGAGCCUCUGUGUAGCCAGGGCUCCUCCUGCCUCUCCUGCUCCUCCAGCAGCUCCCCAUACACAACCCCCAGCCACUGCAGCUGCAUCCCUGACAGGUUGCCCCUCAGGCUACUGUGCAAGAGCAUGAAGAGGCAGAUUGUGUCCCGAGCCUUCUAUGGCUGGCUGGCCUACUGCCGCCACCUGUCCACGGUGCGGACUCACCUGUCAGCGCUGGUGCAUCACAGCAUUAUUCCGCCCGACCGGCCCCCUGGAGCUUCAGGAGGCCUCACCAAGGAUGUGUGGAGCAAGUACCAGAAAGACAAAAAGAACUACAAGGAGCUGGAGCUGCUGCGGCAGGUUUACUACGGAGGUGUAGAACAUGAGAUCCGCAAGGACGUCUGGCCCUUCCUGCUUAGCCACUACAAAUUUGGCAUGAGCAAAAAGGAGAUGGAGCAGGUGGAUGCAGCGGUGGCAGCAAGGUACCAGCAGGUGUUGGCGGAGUGGAAGGCUUGUGAGGUGGUGGUGAGGCAGCGGGAGCGGGAGGCUCACCCAGCCACUCUCAGCAAGUUCUCCUCGGGCAGCAGCAUCGACAGUCAUGUGCAGCGCCUCAUCCACCGAGAUUCCACCAUCAGCAACGAUGUAUUUAUCUCUGUGGAUGAUCUGGAUCCCCCAGGGCUCCAGGGCCCUGAAGAUUCCAGACCAAAGCCUGAGCAGGAACCAGGAAUUGGGACUCCAGGCACCACAGUGGUGGAGCAGCAGCAGUCCGUGGAAUUUGACUCUCCAGACUCAGGGCUGCCUUCCUCCCGCAAUUACUCUGUGGCCUCAGGCAUCCAGUCCAGCCUAGAUGAAGGUCAGAGCGUGGGCUUUGAGGAGGAUGAUGGCGGAGCAGAAGGCUCAGAUGGGCUGGUCUCUGCAGCCCACACUUUCUCUGAGCCCCAGGAUCCUAAACGAGAGAAGGCUUCAAGGGCCAGUGAGCUGGAGGCAGGGGAGGAGCUGAUGGCUGUGUGUGCUGCGGCCUACACUAUAGAAUUACUGGACACCGUGGCCUUAAAUCUGCACCGAAUAGACAAGGACGUGCAGAGAUGUGACCGCAACUACUGGUACUUCACACCCCACAACCUUGAGAGGCUCAGAGACAUCAUGUGCAGCUACGUGUGGGAGCACCUGGAUGUGGGCUAUGUACAGGGCAUGUGUGAUCUGCUGGCUCCUCUCCUGGUCAUCCUUGACAAUGAUCAGCUGGCUUACAGCUGCUUCAGCCACCUCAUGAAGAGGAUGAGCCAGAACUUCCCCAAUGGGGGUGCCAUGGACACCCAUUUUGCCAACAUGCGUUCCCUCAUCCAGAUCCUGGACUCAGAGUUGUUUGAGUUGAUGCACCAGAAUGGAGACUACACCCACUUCUACUUCUGUUACCGCUGGUUCCUGCUGGAUUUUAAGAGAGAGCUGCUGUAUGAGGAUGUGUUUGCAGUAUGGGAGGUGAUUUGGGCAGCCAGGCACAUCUCAUCAGAGCACUUUGUCCUGUUCAUUGCCCUGGCCCUGGUGGAGGCCUACCGAGAGAUCAUUCGUGACAACAAUAUGGACUUCACCGACAUCAUCAAGUUCUUCAACGAGCGGGCUGAACAUCACGAUGCCCAGGAGAUCUUGCGGAUUGCCCGGGACCUCGUCCACAAGGUGCAGAUGCUCAUCGAGAACAAGUGAGAGCUGUAGCCAGGGAAGCAGCAUGGAGAGCCUGAGAACCAGGCCCCAGAGUUCCAGCAGGCAGAGGUGCAGGGGCAUCACUGUCCAGACUGCCCCAAACCCCCAGGUGACCCCACCUACCCAGCUGUGUUCCUAACAAAAGUGACUGUGAGCCUGGGAUCUGACUCUGGGCAGUGUUGGCCCUGCAGGGCAAGUCAGGGGGCCAGAAUGCCCUCAUACCAGAGCUGGGAUAGGAGGGGUUGGGUUGGCCUCAGGGAGCAACUACCUUAGGGGACACCUAUUCUGUUCCCCUCUCAAAACAACUGGGAGUAGUCCACUGCCACCUGCAGCCUCAGCCUGGACUGUUUCCCAAUGCCUAUUUCAAGUCAACCUGGGGCCCUUGUAGCAGGGGCUAGCAGGGCUAUUGUGUCCUGGCCCCCACCUGGUGAAGUUGUAUGGGGCAAGAGGCUCUGUGCUACAUCUCUCUUUAGAGCCCCUUUGCAGUCCCAAUAGAGCAGCUAGAACAGCUGCCCAUUCAGGCAUGUGUCUUAGGGGCAGGAGACUGGGACCACCUUCCAGGCCCUCCCCCUAAGACUCAGGCAGUCAGAUGUGAGCCCUGGGUGGAAGCAGCCCACCUUAGCAGCACUGCCACUGGCCACCUGAGGUGACCCCUUACAUUCCUUCAUACUGCACAGUGCACCGCCGUGUGUCUGUACAGUGUCACUUCACUCUUACCAUCCUGCCCUUGCUUUGUGCAUUAGAUACACCCCGAGACUGCGUAAGUGAUGCUUUUGCCAGUAGGAUGGUCCAGAAUAUAGUGAGAGUACUCACUCUCCAGAGGUGCCCAGGGUGAUUCUGCAGGGAGGCAAUCUUGUCACAUCCUCUCCUCAGGGACAGGCCUCUGAGCUUCAGGGCAGCCAUCGCCUGUUCCAGGAAUCUGCCAAGACCCUGGGGCUGAGGGAGGUGGGUGGUGCCUUGGUUUCCCCAGUUUAUCCCUGGUGAGAAACAAGGCUAUCUCUGCCUUCCACAUGCUUCUCAGAAUGCUGAAAUAUUUAGGGACCCAGAAACCCCUUUGGAGGAGCUAUACUUGGAGGUGUGCCAGAAAGGGCCCAGCCCUUGACCUGAGGCCUAGGCAUGCUGCUUGCUCUGUCUGUCAUCCCCAUGUCCCCUGCCACCUAAACACAUGCAAGCUAGGCCUCACUGGGCUCCCUCCUGCCCAUCAGUGACCAAAGUCAGCAAGGCCUGCAUUUGAGCAUUUGAGAAACAUGAGAAAGAGCCAGCAGCCCUCUGUAGACAGCACAACCCAUGCUCACCCCUGCCCCUGGGCACUGCACGGCCUGUGUGGGGCCGGCCCACCCCUGUUGUCCAUGAGUCCUUGGCUUCCACCAAGCACGGGUGGCCAAUGUGUGCCUGCUUUAGUGACUCAGUGGUUUUGUGAAGAGCAGAGUGUGUGGUUGUUUAGCUCAGAAACUGUACACUUCAGUGUAACAGACCAAUAAACACAGUA